AUGUUGACUACUGAGCUAUCUGAAGCUGAUGUCGCUGGCCUGAAAGCCAACAAGGAGAGACUGCAGGAAUGGAUCCAUCAUAGCUGCCAAUGGGGUGCCGGCAUUAGAUGGGGAGACCACCCUACUGAGACCGGCAUGGCCCGUCUCGCGCUGUCCCAGGAGGACAAGCAGGUCCGAGACUGGUUUGUGGAGACGACAAAGUCGCUUGGAUGCAGUGUCACAGUUGACAGCAUGGGAAAUAUCUUCGCUGUCAGACCUGGCAAGAGAGCAGAUGUACCAGCUACAUUUGUAGGAAGUCACCUGGAUACCCAGCCUACUGGAGGGCGUUACGAUGGUAUUCUUGGUGUCUGUGCUGGUAUUGAGAUGCUGAAAGUCCUCGAAGAGAAGGGGAUCGAGACAGAGGGCGGUGUUGGCGUAGUCAAUUGGACAAACGAGGAGGGAGCCAGGUUCCCCAAGAGCAUGAUAUCGGCAGGUGUCUGGGCGGAGGGAAUAUCCCUAGAAACCGCUCAUUCACUCCUAGAAGUGCCAACAGUCGCCUCACUACCCUCAGCUGCAUCAGCCCCUGAAUCCAUGAAGUCUGCCCUCGAAAAGAUCGGCUACCUAGGCAGCGUCCCUUGCUCCUACAAAUCCUUCCCCAUGGCAGCCCAUUUCGAACUUCAUAUCGAACAGGGCCCUCAUCUCGUCACUGCCGGCCAGCAUGUUGGCGUCGUCACAGGGGUCCAGGCAUAUCGCUGGUACCGCAUAAACGUAACCGGUCGAGACUGCCAUACGGGUAGCACUGCCUUCCAGCACCGUGCUGACGCCAUGUACGCCUCUGCAAGAAUGAUGGUGAAAGCCCGUGAGGUAGCCGAUAAGCACGGCUGUCUUGCCAGCGUUGGCAUUGUGGAUGUCAAACCAGGUAGCGUCAACACUGUGCCAGGCUUCGUCAGCUUCAGUUUCGAUAUCCGUGGUCCUGAAAUAGAGGAUGUAGAUGUCGUCGAUGCUGAGCUGAGAAAAGAAUUUGAUGCCAUUGCUGCCGAGGAAGGAAAGGGUAUAGGCAAGCCCUGCCGUGUAGAGUGGCAGCUGGACUUUGAGACUCCUGCUACCAAGUUCCAUCCCGAAUGUAUCGAGUGCGUCACGGAGUCCGCUAAGGCUGUUGUUGCGGAUAAGCCAAGCCCGGAGUCUUUGUAUAGGACCAUUCGCAGCGGAGCUGGGCAUGAUAGUGUCUUCACUAACAAGAGGGUUCCAACCAGUAUGGUCUUCGUGCCGUGCAAGGAUGGAGUCAGUCACCAUCCAGAGGAAUUUUCAUCUGCUGAGGACUGUGUGAAUGGUGCGUCUGUCAUUUUACAAGCCGUUGUCAGGUACGAUAGGAAGCGAUUCAAGUAG